AUGUCUUCUAAGAGCUCCCUGAGAGGGAUGAUGAUGCUCUUCAUUACCCUCUUUCUCAUCGCUAUCUUCACUAUUCCUCGGAUUCCAGCUUCGUGGACACCUAAGGUUGUUCUCACCCGCGACCUGUUUAGCAUAGAGUGCAAUCGUUACCAGCAGAAGUCUUAUGGCUUCAAUUGGUCUACUCUUCCCGCUGGUCCGUUCUCCACCUAUGGUGAAUUCAACUUCACCGACUUCACCUGCAGCAACACCUUCGGCACAGGCAGUACCCCUAAGUAUGGUAAAAAAUCCAUUAUUGGCACCCUCGCCAAGCCUGGCAGUGGCAAGCCGGCUCUUACUAUGUCAUCCGGGUCUCCUUUCGCUAUCAAGACCAUGUAUGCCUCCGCUGCCAAGGCUGUUGAUCUCAACUUGGUCUUCAUCAUGCCUGAUGGUGACGUCUGCCGCAAAUCUGCUUCCAUCUCUUCUAGAGUUUCGGUGAUUGCAGUUGAUAAAUGCGCCGGCGCCACUUCCGUGCAAUUUGAACUGGAUGAGAGCAACGAAGACGACAGUACUGGAUUUGGCAUCUACAACAUCAUGUUUAACUGCGGACUAUCCACUGACAUGCCCUCAUAUGUGAACACUGACUCUGACUCUGUGCCGCACAUGGAUAUUCGGAAACGUGGAUCCUCUUCUAUAGUUGCUGGCUCAAGCGGUCAAGAGACAUCUGCGCCUGCGAAUGGAAAUGACGGCCCUUCGAACACUGAGUCUGCCAAUGCCAAUGGCCAAGCUACCAGUGCCAGUUCCUCGGUCGCCAAUACUCUGGAGGUUAUCCCCCAGGCUGCUCCCUCGACCUCUGCAGAAGUAUCCACAACAUCUGCUAUCCCUGUUGUUGUCAGUCCAAGUAAUGCUGCCUCUAUCUCGCCCGCAUCUUCCGAGCAUGCUAGCUCAUCUGCAGCUACAAACCCUGAAUCCAGUUCAUCGGUAGCUGAAGCUCCUUUUACCCCUGCUUCUAAUCCCUCAGCAAGCGCUUCCCCAACUUCUCAGACAUUCUCUGUAGCUGCGGUUCCAGUUAGCUCGCCAGCUGCUGCUGUCACAUCGUCUGCGUUCCACACUACCCGUCUGACAACAUCGACGGUGUACACCACUCGCGAGUUCACUGUCACUAGCUGUGCUGCUGAUAUUACUAAUUGCCCGGCUGAUUCGACUGUUGUCGUUACGUCUACCAUUGCGGUUUCGACAACCAUCUGCCCAGUGACUGAGACAGAGACUUCCACGAGGUCAACUUCUCCUCCUGAAUCGCUUAGAUCUUCAUCCCCUGUUAGCUCCGCCACUGUGCCUACCGCCUCUCCGAGUACUGCUGCUUCAACUCCCACUGGACCUAGUGCUGUUUUGCCCACUUCGUCCCCGGCUCAAUCAACAUCGCCUGUGGUCUCACCCAGCAGCUCGCCGCAGCCCUCGGGAUCGUCUCCUGUUACUGCUGCGGUAUCGUCUUCUGUUAGUAGCUCACCUUUUGGAGUUACAGCUUCGCCCACCAAGUGGACUACCUCAACUGUCUACGCUACCAGCCUGGUUACCAUUACCAGCUGUGCUCCUACUGUCACUAACUGUCCGGCUGAUUCCACCACCGUUGUUACUAGCACUAUUGCCGUUUCAACCACGAUCUGCCCGGUAACUGAGACAGAGACUGCUACAACAAAGACAUCGGUUCCCGCUGGACCUAGUAGUGCUUUGCCUACUUCUUCCUCGGUUCAAUCUACAUCUGUUGUGGUCUCACCCAGCAGCUCGCCCCAGCCCUCGGGAUCAUCUCCUGUUACUGCUUCAGGAUCGUCUUCCAUGACCAGCUCACCCGCUGGCAUCACAGCUUCGCCCACCAAGUGGACUACGUCGACUGUGUACACUACUAGUCUGAUCACUAUUACCAGCUGUGCUUCCACUGUCACCAACUGCCCGGCUGACUCUACCCAUGUUGUUACUAGCACUAUUGCUGUUUCGACAACCAUUCGCCCGGUUACUGAGACAGAGACUGCCACAGCGAAGAGUUCGACUCCUACUGGACCCAGUGGUGCUUUGCCUACUUCUUCCUCGGUUCAAUCUCCAUCUCCCGUGAUCUCGUCCAGCAGCUCGCCGCAGCCUUCGGGAUCGUCUCCCGUUACUGCUUCGGGCUCUUCUAUUACCAGCUCACCCGCUGGCAUCACAGCUUCGCCCACAAAGUGGACUACGUCGACUGUCUACACUACCAGCGAGAUCACCAUCACCAGCUGUGCUUCUACUGUCACCAACUGCCCGGCCGAUUCCACCACCGUUGUCACUCGCACGAUUGCUGUUUCGACUACGAUCUGCCCAGUCACUGAGACAGAGACACAUAGCUCGACGACUCCUGUUGUUUCUGAUUCUACCGUGCCAUCCUCCCCAUCUGCGGUUACUGGUACACCUACUACUCCUAACUCGACUAUCACCGUUGUGACCUACACCACUACAACAUGGUGUCCAUUCACCUCGACUGUGUCUUCUGGCACCUCGCAUUACACUACGGUUUCGAGCACUCCUUCGGUAGUUGUCGUUACGUCCACAAAAACCAUCUGCACAAAGUGUACUUCUACUUCUACUCCGGCAACUGGUACCCCUGAGACUACACCUGCGACAGUCACAUCCACGGAAUCUCUUUCGGUGCCUUCGAGUUCCAAGUCCACUACUCCUGGUACUGAGACCACACCCGUCAAAGUUACUACUACGGAAUCUGGCUCGGUGGCAUCGACCAAAUCCACCGUCUCUGUUACUCCCGUUGUGACUCCCGGUGUCAGUGCUGGCUCCACGCCUGGUACUCCUGGCUCGACAGUAACUGUCGUGACUAUUGUGACCACGACCUGGUGCCCAAUCACAGCUACACACACCUCUGGCUCCUCAACAUACACCGUUAUCACAAGCACUCCAUCGACCGUCACCCUCACAUCUACCUCGACAAUUCCCGCCACAACUCCUACCGUGACUUUGUCGACUCCUACUGGUGUUAGCCCAGAAUCAACUCCAGCUUCCCCUGGAAAUUCUGUGACUACUGUUGUUACCUACGAGACCACGACUUGGUGCCCAGUCACAGCUACACACACCUCUGGCUCCUCAACGUACACCGUUGUCACAAGCACUCCAUCGACGGUCACUCUCACGUCCACCUCGACCAUUCCAGUCAUGACUCCCUCGGUGACUGUAUCGACUCCUACCGGUGUUAGCGCAGGAUCGACUUCAGCUUCACCUGGAGAUUCUGUGACUACUGUUGUUACUUACAUGACCACGACCUGGUGCCCAGUCACCGCGACUUACACUCAGGGUAGCUCUACACACACGGUCGUUACAAGCACUCCAUCGACAGUUACACUCACAUCCACCUCGACCAUUUCCGCCAUAACUCCCACGGUGACUUUGUCGGCCCCCACUGGUGUUAGCGCAGGAUCAACUCCCGCAUCCCCUGAAAAUUCGGUCACUACUAUUGUGACUUACACAACUGUCACUACCUGCCCAGUCACCCAAACGAUCACUACCAGUGGAACUACAAGCGUGCAGACUACUAGCACCGUUUCUACAGUAAUUUUGACCUCUACUUGCACCGAAGAGUGUCAUAUCACUCACACUACAACCCCGAGCGUUCCUGAGUCGACCAUCCCAGUACAGACCACCGAGACUCUCACUGAAACCACAACUGCUCAGACUACCCCUCGAGUUCCCGUCUCGGUCAUUCCAGUGACUGUCAGUACUAGCUCCACCUCGACCAUUUCUGCCACAACUUCCACGGUGACUUUGUCGAGUCCUACCAGUGUUAGCCCAGAAUCAACUACAGCCUCCCCUGGAAAUUCUGUGACCACUGUUGUUACUUACGUGACCACGACUUGGUGCCCAGUCACAGCUACUUACACUCAGGGUAGCUCUACACAAACCGUUGUUACAAGCACUCCCUCGACAGUCACACUCACAUCGACCUCCACUAUUGCCGUUGUGACCACUCCGGAAAUCAUUGUGCCAACCCUUACUGGCGUCGAUGCUCACACCUCCCCUGCCACCCCGGAUUCAAGCGUGACUGUUAUAACCUGGUUGAGUGAAACCACGUACCCAGUCACCUCUACAUGGAUAUCCGGUACUUCCGCAAGCACAAUUGUCUCGCACAGUGUUUCCACAGUCACAUUGACCUCAACCACGACCGUGUGCACAAAAUGUAUCGCAACUAGCACAACCACGCCCAAAGAACCCGAAUGCCCCGCCGCUACCGUCGUCGUGCAGUGCAUCAACACCUGGCUCGAUACGGAGACCGACUGUGCUUCCGAUGUCUCGACCAGCUGCUAUUGCCCCAACACGCAGUUCACCGACAAGGUUCAAAGCUGCAUCGAGUCAUCGAGCAACUCCCAAUCCGAGAUUCAAGGAGGCCUGUCUUACUUCGCUGGUGUCUGCGCUAAAUGGAUCCCUCAAAACCCAGCCAUCAUGACCGGCAUUCCCGCGAACAUGACUUUGACCCCAAGUGUCUGUGUUCCCACGCUCCCUGCCAGCUCUGGUUCCACAAUUCCAACAGCUCCUGCUAUCCCUGUCACUACGAUCACCUACCAGACUUCCACCGUCACCGUGCCUCUGGUGACUUUCGUGACCCACACAGCUUGGGGCACCACACCUGUCCUAGUUCCAGCAAUUACCAGCGCGCCCUCCAUGCGCGUUCCUCCCACGCCCACAAUGAAGAGCACUCCCUACCGUCGCACCAGCGCCACUCCCUCCCCAAGCUACACGCCUUACUUCAAUUCGGCCGUACUCACGACUGGCGCUGGCUCCCGCUCCGCUCUUGGAGCCGUCGUUAUGGCCAUUAUCACCUCUAUCAUUGCGCACUUCUAG